CCAUCUUCAUCAUUCACUCUCUCUCACAUUAUAAGCGACGAGACUCUUUAGCAAUAACGGCUAUGGCACAAGCUUGGUUUCCACUUGAAGAACACUUUCUUCCUAGGAAACUUUCCAAGGAAAACCUCGACAGGUUCAUACCAAAUAGAUCCGCCAUGGAUUUCGACUAUGCUCACUACGCACUAACCGAAGGAAGAAAACCUAAAGAUGAGGUAACUUCAGCAUCAAGGAAAGCCUACAUGAAUCAAUUGGCUGAGACUAUGAAUCAGAAUCGAACCCGGAUUCUCGCUUUCAGAAACAAACCUAAAGCUCUGCUUUCUAGUAAUCAUUCUGAUUCUCCUCAUCAACAACCUAAAUCCGUAAAGCCUCGGAGAUACAUUCCUCAGAUUAGUGAGAAAAUUUUGGAUGCACCUGGCAUUGUGGAUGACUUCUACCUUAACUUGUUGGAUUGGGGUAGUUCUAAUGUUUUAGCCAUAGCUUUGGGAAACUCUGUUUACUUGCGGGAUGCUUCUAGUGGUUCUACGUCUAAGCUUAUGACUGUUGAUGAAGAGAAUGGACCUGUUACAAGUAUUAACUGGACGGAAGAUGGUUGUACUCUCGCCGUUGGUCUUGACAACUCUGAAGUGCAGAUUUGGGAUUCUGUUUCGAAUAGUCAACUGAGAACAUUGAGAGGUGGUCACCAGAUAAGAGUAGGAUCAUUGGCAUGGAACAAUCACAUUCUAACAACUGGAGGAAUGGAUGGAAAAAUCAUCAACAAUGAUGUGAGGAUCAGAUCAUCAAUUGUGGGAAGUUACUUGGGUCACACUGAUGUGGUUUGUGGUCUUAAGUGGUCAGAAUCUGGACAACAAUUAGCAAGUGGUGGUAAUGACCAUGUAGUACAUAUAUGGGAUCGUUCUCUCGCAUCCUCAAACUCAACUAGGCAAUGGUUGCAUAGGUUUGAGGAACAUACAGCUGCUACGAAAGCUCUUGCGUGGUGCCCAUUCCAAGCGAGUUUGCUUGCAACUGGUGGUGGUGUAGGAGAUAGGACUAUUAAGUUUUGGAAUACACACACUGGUGCUUGCUUGAAUUCAAUAGAAACUGGCUCUCAAGUUUGUUCAUUGUUAUGGAGUAAAAGUGAAAGAGAGUUGCUUAGCUCACAUGGGUUUACACAGAACCAGCUUACACUUUGGAAGUAUCCAUCUAUGUUGAAAAUGGCUGAACUCACUGGUCAUACAUCAAGAGUUCUUUUUAUGGCACAGAGUCCGGAUGGUUAUACCGUGGCUUCAGCAGCAGGAGACGAGACUCUUAGGCUUUGGAAUGUUUUUGGGGUACCACCAAAGACCACCAAAAAAGCUGCUCCAAAAGCAACUCAGGGGCGAUUUUCUUAUGAUGUGAAUCAUCUUAGCUCAAUGUCAGUUCCUGAAUCUGUUGAAUCAGUUGUUCCUUUGGUCUACACUGAUGUAAAUGUUGUUCCUGAACAUGAAAGGAAUCAGCUUGAAAAGUCAAUUUCAAACCUUGAAGAGGAAGUUUUGGAGUUGAAGUCAAAGCUGAAGUCAUUGGAGGAAAAGAGAAGGGAAGUUCUGAAUAAGAUUAUAGACACUAAAGGAAGUAUACGUGUGUUUUGUAGAGUUAGGCCAUUUCUAUUGACGGAAAGAAGACCAAUUAGGGAACCUGUUUCGUUUGGACCGGAUAAUGUUGUUAUAAGAUCCGCUGGAAGUCGAAAGGAAUUUGAGUUUGAUAAGGUUUUUCAUCAAUCAGCAACUCAAGAAGACGUUUUCGGAGAAGUAAAACCGGUUCUUAGAUCAGCCCUUGAUGGUCACAAUGUAUGUGUUUUGGCGUAUGGUCAAACGGGGACUGGCAAGACUUUCACCAUGGAUGGCACAAAUGAGCAACCAGGUCUUGCUCCUAGAGCUAUUAAAGAGCUUUUCAAUGAAGCUUCAAUGGAUCAUACACAUUCCGUGACUUUUACGAUGAGUAUGUUGGAAAUCUACAUGGGUAACCUGAAAGAUUUAUUGUCUGCAAGACAGUCUUUGAAGUCAUAUGAAGCCUCAGCUAAAUGCAACCUCAAUAUUCAAGUAGACUCAAAGGGCUCGGUCGAAAUUGAGGGUUUGACUGAAGUGGAAGUAGCGGAUUUUACAAAGGCUAGAUGGUGGUACAACAAAGGGAGACGAGUCAGAUCAACUUCUUGGACAAAUGUAAACGAAACUUCGAGUAGAUCUCAUUGUUUAACAAGGAUCACAAUCUUUCGUCGUGGGGAUGCUGUGGGGUCAAAAACUGAAGUUAGCAAGCUUUGGAUGAUAGAUCUUGGAGGAAGCGAGAGGCUCUUGAAAACCGGGGCUAUAGGGCAAACUAUGGAUGAAGGAAGGGCCAUAAACCUCUCACUGUCCGCUCUUGGAGACGUAAUUGCAGCAAACAGCAAGCUAACUCAAAUCCUUAAAGAUUCUCUAGGUACUAGAUCAAAGGUUCUGAUGCUUGUGCACAUAAGUCCACGUGAUGAAGAUGUUGGUGAAACAAUUUGCUCUCUGAGCUUUACUAAACGUGCGAGAGCCUUAGAGUCUAACAGAGGAUUAACAUCAGAACUCCAAAAGCUAAGAGAAAAGAAAAUAUCGGAACUUGAAGUGGAAAUGCGAGAAACUCAAGACAACUGCAAGAAGAUCAAAGCGCGGUUACUGGAAGCAGAGUGUCUGCUUAAUGAAAACAAGAAACUCUUUUGGAUCACCAAUGAUAAGCAUCUAGAAGAUAUCGAAAAGAAAGUUCUUUCGCCUUUAGAUCAUCUACAAGAGACGGAUGCAACCCCAAAAUCAUCUGAUAAACUAGUCAAGAUAAGCAAGAGUUCUGGUUUUGUCCCACGUUUCAUGACUUCAACUGUUGCUAGUCGCCAAAGGCAAACAAUGUCAGAGAAGGAAAUCAAUGCAAAGGCUCAGAGCAUACGAUCAAUGGUUAAAAACCUCACUCAAUUCUCCACUUCUCAGUCGCUUAGCCUCUCUGACUCACGCAACAGAGUUCUUCUAAGAAGAUCAUACACAAAACCGCUUCAAGCUGAAGCUAACAGUGGAACAACACCAGAAACACCUAAAAGAUAUAUCAAGGAUAAUUCUUUACAGAGAAAGAAUAUGAAUGAUACUUCUUCACCAAGGAGCAAGAUGGUUACUUCAUCGGAUCCAAAUGUGAGAGCUAAACUGUGUCACCACAGACGAAGAAUGUCAAGCUUGACAUGAUCUAACAGUGAUCAGUCAAGAAAUCUUUCAUCUUUCU